AUGGGGCAAAAAAGGGGAAAAUGGAGAGUGAGGAAGAGGAGGAGGAGGAAGAAGAAGAGGAGGAAGAAGAGGAAGAAGAGGAGGAGGAAGAUGAAGAAGAAGAGGAGGAAGAGGAAAGUCCAGCCCAGAAAAAUGAGGAGAAAAAGGGGAAAAAAACAAACUCUAAAAAAUGGGGCAAAAAAGGGGAAAAUGGAGAGUGAGGAAGAGGAGGAGGAGGAUGAAGAAGAAGAGGAGGAGGAAGAUGAAGAAGAGGAGGAGGAAGAGGAAAGUCCAGCCCGGAAAAAUGAGGAGAAAAAGGGGAAGAAACAAACGGUGAAAAAUGGGGCAAAAAAGAGGAAAAUGGAGAGUGAGGAAGAGGAGGAGGAAGAAGAGGAAGAAGAGGAGGAUGAGGAAGAGCCCCCAAAGUCCAGGAAAGGCCCCAAAAAGCCCCCAGAAAAGGAGAGCUCCGGGCUGGACUCGUCGGACUCGGAUUUACCGUUGGCCAAAUGGGUGGAAAAAAGGCGGAAAAGGGGCCGGGAGAAGGAGGAAGGAGAAGGGAGGAAGAGGAAGAGGAGGAGGAAGGAGAAGCAGGAAGAGCUGUGGCGCCAGGGGAAGGAGCCGCCGGCGGUGUCGCGGCUGAAGCGAUUCCUCCGGGCCGCGGGGGCGCCCCAACUACAAACGCCUGCUCGGGGGGUGCCGCAGCCAACGCGAGGUCAUCGAGACCCUGAGGGGGGAGCUGAGGGCACUGGGGCUCAGAGGCCCCCCCUCCCUGUCCCGCUGUCGCCGCCUGGGCCGGCGCCGGGAGGAGGCCGCGGAACUCGCCGCCCUCGACGCCUCCAACAUCCUCCCAGCCCGGUCCCGCCGCAGGAACGCCUGGAGCCCCCCGGAGACCCCCCAAAAACGAGCCCCCACCUCCCCCCCGACUGGUCGAGGCUGCGCGGGGUCGUCAGCUCGGACAGCGAAUAAAAAUUGUCACUUUUUUGGGUCAAAAACCUCCUAAUUCUCAUUUUUUUGGGGUCUCUUCCUUUUCAUAACCCUCCUCUCCCUGUUUUCCAGCCCGUUCCCAUCACAGGAUUCCCACAGAAUAGACCCCCUGAUGUUUUUUGGGUGCAACCGAAGCCAUUUCAGGGUCUUUUUUGGGGUGUUUUGGGGGUCUCCCCUUUUCCCAAUUCUUUUCUCCCUUUUUCAUCUCAUUCCUGUUGCAGAAGCCCCUCAAAGAGCCCCCCAAAACACCCCCCCAAAGUCUUUUGGGCGAAUAAACCCCCUGAUGUUUUUUGGGCGCAAACGAGGCCAUUUCGCGGUGUUUUUUGGGUGCAAACGAGGCCAUUUCAGGGUCUUUUUUUGGGUGCUUGGAGGUCUCCCCUUUUCCCAAUUCUUCCCCCCCUUUUCCCACCUCAUUCCUGUUGCAGGAGCCCCCCCCCAAAAAAACCCUCCAAA